AUGACCCCAUACCCCUUCAACCACACUCUACCAACUCACCCCUCACCUAGCAAGCACAGCACAACAGCAACUGCCUCAGGAUCACCACCAGACCCCCAAGCCAAACCUCAAACCCUCACCUACGCCCUUCAGAAUUCCGGCUUCCCACUCAUCUUCCUCUCCGGCUUUGCCGUUUCCAGCGCCCACGGCCUGCCGGACACCGGCUACAUCGCCAUGGAAGACAUGUGCCACAAGAUCCAAGAAACCGCCCGCAUCAUCACCGACCUACCCAUCAUGGUCGACGGGGACACGGGCUACGGCAGUCCCAUGAACGUCAAACGAACGGUCGAGUGCUUCGCCGCCGCCGGAGCUGCAGGCGUCAUGAUCGAGGAUCAGACAUGGCCGAAACGCUGCGGCCACACCAAAGGCAAAUCCGUGGUCCCACGGGGCGAAGCCGACGCGCGCAUCCAAGCCGCCGUCGACGCGCGCAACCAGGGCCGCGACAUCUUCAUCCUGGCGCGGACCGACGCCCUGAUCCACGGGUGGGACGAAGCGAUGACCCGAGCGCGGAAGUUCAUCGCGAUCGGCGCGGACGCCAUCUUCGUCGAGGCGCUGCCCGACCGCGAGGCCAUGCGCCGCUGCGUGGCGGAGCUGGACGUGCCCCUGCUGGCGAACAUCAUCGAGGGCGGCAAGACGGAGAACCUUUCGGCCGCGGAGCUGGCGGGCCUGGGGUUCGCGGCCGUCGCGUACCCCUGGACAUUGGUGGCAGCCCGGCUGAAGAGUAUGCGCGAGGCGCUAGAGGGCCUGAAGCGGAGUUUUACGGUCGGCGCGCCGCCGCAGAUUCUGCGGUAUGAGGAGGUUUGUGCGGGCGUCGGGUUUGAGGAAUAUUGGGAUGCGGAGACGCGGUAUGAGUUCAAUAAUGAGGGGCUGGUUCAUCCUCAAGGAGAGGAGUAAUGUGUACAGUACUGCGAACUGUCGCUGCGAUGUGAAUCGAAAAUGCAGAGUCAAGCUAUAGAUUCUCUGCAGGCCGCACAGCCGUUCGGCAACUUGCCUUCACUUUGCACUGCCACAACGUGUGAGUUUCCGACGUAAGGCGAUCAUCUCAUCCUCGAGCCGAAAGUGGAUCUGUAUGCAGCGGUGGGAUACCUCGGCGAUAAGAUCUCGGUUUCGCUUACCUUAGAUAGUACCGAGCUCCGACACUCUCGGACGAAGAUUUCAUUUUAGUACUAGACUCCAUGCAAUUGAUAUCCACCACAAAGGCUUCCAGCAUGAGCGUGACGAAUGAUCCAGUGUUCUCCAUACGGACUGUGUCUAUAGCCAUUCAAAAGCGCCAAGGAAGAUGUCUCUCGG